AGCAGGGGGUUGAAACCAGAUGAUCAUUGUGGUCCUUUUCAACCCAGGCCAUUCUGUGAUUCUGUGAUUCAUUCUGUUGGAAUUAGAGUUGUGCUACAAAAUUGGAGGUGCUCUUUCCUACUUUCUGGACUCCUUGGGCUCUGGAUGGCAUGCAUCUUGGCCUUUCAAAGGUGCACGUGACUGAGAUUUGAACCAGCAGCUCUGAAGUCUGAAUUGUGUGUUAGGUCUGUCCUUUAUGUGUUCUCUGCCCCCGUGUCUCAGACAGAUUUUCAUGAGUGCACAUAACUGGACUGAGGAGGAAGACUUGGGUUACAGAGUUACCUGUACAUUGCAGAUUUAAGGAAUCUUACUGAGAAUAUCUGCGUUGUUACUUUUUUCCCCAACUUAAGAGUUCUGUAUAUUAAUAUCUUCUAAAAGCUCACUGUGCCAAAGCCAAUGCUUGAAGCUUUAGUUUUUCUUACCAUAAAAGUGCUCAGGACUUAAGUUACUGAACAAAUAUGAAGGGAUGACAACAGUAUUUCAGUUCAACUUUUAGCAUGUUCCCUCCUAAGGAAUGGCUUAGAUUGCACGCUCAUUUCUUCAAUUAGUGAAGUGAAAAGCAAAGGGAUGGGAGAACUGUAAGGUUCCACAUGAGGCGAUUGAAGGGAAUGUUGAACUGGAAAAUCUCUCUACUGUGUUACUCAGGCAUUUUUAAAAGUGUGAGCUCCCUUUGUGAAGCAUAGGUGAGACUGUGUACACUUCUGUGUGUCGUGCAUGAAGGUGAGAUUAGCAUUAAGUUAUGGACAUUGGGGUUUUCUAGCUGAAUUCUUAAUGUACCAAUCAAUAUUCUUAUUAACUUAUAUUUUAGAAACCUAACACUGGAGAUACUUAAGAAGCGAAUGCCUCUGGAUUUUGGAACAAAUUGUGAAUUCAUGUGGAAGAAAUGCUGUGGCUGUUCUCAGGCUCUCUGACAAACUAAUUUCAAUGUUUCAGUAUUGCAUCACCUUGUGUUGAGUAACAGAAGCUCUACUGUUCAUUGAUCAAUGUGACAGUCCCCAGAAGUUUACGAGAUGAGCCAAGCCCGUGGGAGAUAUGACUUCUGCAUUGGGCUGGUGUUGGCUAUGAGCUCCAGCAUCUUUAUUGGAGGGAGUUUCAUCCUGAAAAAGAAAGGCCUUCUCCGAUUAGCAAGGAAGGGCUCCAUGAGAGCAGGUCAAGGUGGUCAUGCAUACCUUAAGGAGUGGCUGUGGUGGGCUGGACUUCUUUCAAUGGGAGCGGGAGAAGUAGCUAACUUUGCUGCCUAUGCUUUUGCACCAGCUACAUUAGUGACUCCUCUAGGAGCUCUCAGUGUUCUUGUAAGUGCCAUUUUGUCAUCCUUCUUUUUAAAUGAAAAACUUAAUCUACAUGGAAAAAUAGGGUGUUUGCUAAGUAUACUUGGAUCAACCGUGAUGGUAAUUCAUGCUCCACAAGAGGAAGAAGUAGAAACUUUAGAUGAAAUGUCCAACAAACUACGUGAUCCAGGUUUUGUGGUCUUCGCAACAGUUGUUGUCAUUGUGUCUUUAAUUCUAAUAGUCGUGGUGGGGCCUCGCCAUGGACAGACCAACAUCCUUGUGUACAUCACAAUUUGCUCUGUCAUCGGAGCAUUAUCAGUCUCCUGUGUGAAAGGCCUGGGCAUUGCUGUCAAGGAACUUUUUGCAGGAAAGCCAGUGCUGAAACGUCCCUUGUCUUGGAUUCUGCUGCUAAGCCUUACCGUCUGUGUGAGCACGCAGAUCAACUACUUGAACAGGGCUCUGGAUAUAUUCAACACUUCAAUAGUGACUCCAAUCUACUACGUAAUCUUUACGACGUCCGUUUUAACUUGCUCUGCUAUCCUGUUCAAGGAAUGGCAGCACAUGGCGGCUGAUGAUAUUACUGGCACCUUCAGUGGCUUCCUUACUAUCAUCGUGGGGAUCUUUUUAUUGCAUGCCUUCAAAGAUGUUAACUUCACCCUAGCAAAUUUGCCCGUUUCCUUGCGGAAAGAUGACAGAGCAGCAAAUGGGUCUUUGCUGAGCACGUAUGACUGCUUUAAUCACGAUGAAGAAAGUUCUACCUGCCUCAGUGAAAUACAAUCCACAGAGAGUCUCUCAGCCAGGAGAAAUGGAAGUCUGUCAGCCUUCUGAAAACACCUACUUGUUAAAUAAGAGAAGAACAAUUCUGUAACUCUGGAUUUAUUUUUUUUUUCCUGCUGUGAAAUGUCUGAGCUUGUCUGGAACCUCAUGUACUUCUUAACAGUGUGGGUAGACAAUCUUUAAGUUCGGUUAGUUUGGAUCACAAACACUGAAGGGGGUUUUAAUUUGCCUUAUUUUUACUUUACGAAAAUAACUAAAAUGACCUCAGACCACAGCUGGUGUUGUUGCUUACGUUAUGUAAAUACUUUCAUUUCCCUCUUCCGUUUCAAGAUGUAUUGCACUAAUGACAAUUUUAUCCAAAAUAAAUGGCUUUAUUUCUGCAUUGGUGGUAAA